AUGCGGGAUGCUGCAGCGGUCGGAAAACUGACAUUCCCGGAUGGCUCCGUCCUGGAGGAAACCUUCACCAACAAAUCCAGAGAAGGGAUACAGGGGCCAGGGGUGAGGAGGAGCAAUUCCGAAGAUCAACAGGCGGUCACCAGAUCUGAUAUCCAGUUGGGUCAGGAGCUCUUCCCGGUGGAGAAGCGAUGGGAAGGCCUCUAUGACCAGUUUCUGGCGUUCGUCCGCGCGGGAGGCCAAGCAGACGCCGAAGAAUCGUUCAUGGGUUUUCACGUCCAGACGAGCCGCGAGCUGCGCAAAUCCCAGGAGAAUCUCUUCUGCCACGGAGGAACCGCAGAAGCGACCGAGAAGACGGACUUCCUGGAAGAACUAAUAAAACACCAGGAGCCGGAAGAUCUGCUGAGUUAUUUGCAACAGGCUCUGGGAUCCUCAUUGCAUCCUCUGGGGAAAUUGCUGAAAACUAUGAUUUUGGUCUUCCAGUCCACUUAUUCUGGCAUCGGGGCCAACAAGCAUCUCUUGAAAAUGGCCCAAGAAGAGGUCAAACACUACUCCAAGAAAAUAUGGGAAUUUUACCAAGGUUUGUUGCAACUUGCUUUCAAGGUCAAAAACUUCAAAUCCCCGCAAAACACAGAAAAAAGGGGCGCGGAAGGAGGUCCCGUCAUUCUGCCUCUCAUCCUCCCUUACUUCUAUCCGGAUCUCCUGAUGCUCUACCUGGUCGCUCACGAGAAGCAGGACGAGGAUUACUGCCAGGGAAUCACCAGCCUCAGUAGCUUCCCCGACACGGCCCUGUUGGAGUACCUGGAUGUGCAGAAAGACUUCUGGCCCCUGAAAGACCUCACCCUCACCAGUAACCAAAGGCAGUCGCUGGUGAAGGAUCAUUGCUUCCUCUCUGCCACCGAAUGCCUGCAGAAGCUGAUGUCUACUAUGGACCCCCAGGAAAAACUGGACAUUCUCCAGAAGACGUACGAGGAGAUUGAGGAAACGAUAAACCAACUUUUGGGGAAGGAAUGUAACCUGCCCAUGGACGAUUUACUGCCUCUGCUCACCUACGUGGUCACAAGGGCCAGCAUCCAACACCUGGGAGCAGAAAUUCACUUGAUCAGAGAUCUGAUGGAUCCAACAAACGGUGGAAAGCAUGACUUCCUCCUGACAGCACUAGAGUCCUGCUACCAGCUUAUCCAGGAGAUAAGAAUACCGUGAACGGGGCGUGACUCCUGAAAGACUACACAACCCAUCAUCAACAGCCAAUAGCAGUUGGAGAAUUUAUUCUGAUCAUGCCCAGAAACUGGACUGGAUGUAGUUGCUGCUGUUGUUUUUAUUUUUAAAAAAAUUAAUAUUGGUCUUUCCUAUGGGAAGUAUUGUUCAUUCUUUUAGGGAAACUGUCAAUUUCUUCAAAGUUGAAUCAAUGACUGGAGCUUGUUUGAAAUUGACAGGGAAAAGAUAGGGUAAGGCAAGCUACAGGUGGUCCUCGACUUACAACGAUUCAUUUAGUGACCGUUAAAAGUUGCAACAGUGACUUAUGCACAUUUUUUCACACUUAACGACCGUUGGGAGAAAUGUCCCAUCUGGAUAUCAGUUCCAAGCCGGGAGAAAGACUCUGGGAACAUGGAGGCUGGUUGGAAAGAGGGCUUAAGGGAUGAAGCAGAAC